UCCUCGCGGGCAUGACACGCAAGGAAGAAAAGUUAAAAAUGGCCUCCGAAGGUGGGAAAAUUUUUCCCUCUAAAUAUCGUUCAGUACUCGAAAGAUAUUUUAAAAAGUUUUAUAAAAUAAACGUUGGCAAUGUGCCAUUUGCCGAUCAAUGUGUGUUGCAGCAUUCAAACAAGAUAUGUAUAGUGACAGUUGCACCAAGACAUCCUCUCCUAAGCAAGGGUGAAGUAAUCAAAGUUGACUUUCAAGUCAGCAAAAAUGUGAAUCGUUUGGACAAUAAAGUCAGUGGCAAGGGAAAGAGAGGAGCACAAAUACUAAGACCACAUCUUGCAUUAUGUGAUGUUACCUGUUCAACUGGAGAAAAAUACACAUUAUACAGCUGCAUAAGAGGCAAAUUGGUUGAAGUUAAUGAAUCCUUAGUGACCAAUCCCAGUUUACUAAAUGAGAAGCCAAUGACAGAAGGAUACAUUGCAGUUGUGCUACCAAAACUUCACGAAGUUGAUGAAAUAGUAUCGGAAUUAGUGACUGAAGCAGAUUAUGAAGUCUUAUUGAAUCAAGAUAAAACAUUAGCAAUGAAAGACACAAGCAUUUGCAAGAAUGAUGAAGAUAAUAACUGAUGAAGGUAUUGUGUCUUAAUUCUCUUUACAUAUUUGCCUGAGACCUGCUUGCAAUCAACCAGCAUAAUUGAAGAGAUUGAGACUGUGUGUAAUCCUGUUGGC